UUAAGCCUUGACUGGUGCAUUUUAAUGUGCUAUCUGUUGAGUAAAUGCAACAGUUGUAUUCAUUAUUCACUGUUAGUCUUAUUACUUCGAAAAAAACUUGCUUCUUGGAUAAUAUCCCCCACCUCUCCAUAUAACACAGCUUGAAAGAAAACCCAUCACUUACCCGCCAAGAAUGAACCUUCAGCAACCAUGAACUCCACAUCUCAACAUCCACACCCUUAACAUCAUUUCUUGCAAAGCUUCUUGUUCUAUCACCUGUGAAUGGCAACUUCAUUGUUUCUGGUUAAGAAGCUCCCUCUUUUAGUUAAUGUAUCCUUUGUUUUCCUCCUCUUCUUCUUUAUCAUAACUUAUGAUUUUCUUGGUCAAUCGAAUAAUGAGCAAAUUCCCAUCAUUAAUAGCCACUCUUUGAUCCCCCAUGGAAGCAACAAUGAUAGCUGCGCCAGUCUCCAUGACUUCACUGAUUAUAAGCAUAAGUGCUUGUAUGUUAGGUCUGAAAUCGGGUGCAGGCCUAAGGGAUACAUAAACUAUCUCCAGAUUUUUUAUUGCACUUGUGGCAGAUUUCCGAUCCUUGGCCAUCUUGUACUCUUUAUUUGGCUUUUUGUUUUGUUCUACUUAUUGGGUGAUACUGCUGCAAAGUACUUUUGCACUUCCUUGGAGAGUUUGUCUAAAAUCCUGAGGCUUUCCCCUGCCAUUGCUGGAGUCACCCUCCUUUCACUUGGCAACGGUGCUUCUGAUGUUUUUGCCAGUAUUGUUUCCUUCACGAGAUCUGGAAAUGCAGGUGUUGGCCUAAAUAGUGUCUUGGGUGGUGCCUUCUUUGUGUCUAGUGCUGUUGUUGGGGUUAUUAGCAUAACAAUUAGCCAUCAUCGGAUUCCGAUCGAUGAGCCGAGCUUCAUUAGAGACAUCCUCUUCUUCCUUUUAGCACUUUCUACCCUCGUGUUCAUCAUUUUUAUUGGUGAAAUCACUUUGUGGGGAGCUAUUUCUUUCCUCUCCAUCUACUUCCUGUAUGUUUGUGCUGUUUCUGCAUCACAUUUCUUCAACAAAAAGAAGGAAAGGAACAUGGAAUCCGUACCAGUUUCUUCUGUUUCAAACAGCAAUGAUAAUAUUGGAGAGGUUGGUAUACCGUUACUUGGUUAUGCAAGUGAUGAAAAAUCUUUCAUGGUGGAUAAAGGAGCUCACGAAAACCAAGAUGAAACCACAAAGUUUUUCAACUUUGAUUCACCAAGUUUUUACUACUUCGGUAAGUUUCUGGAUCUUUUGGAGUUACCUUUAUACUUGCCAAGGAGAUUGACCGUUCCAAUUGUCGAUGAGGAGAGAUGGUCCAAGCCAUAUGCAGUCAUUUCAGUGACAUUAGCACCAUUAAUGUUGGCCGAACUAUGCAAUUCUCAAAGGGAAAAAACCAUGGGUUCCAAAACCAGUUUGGUGACCUAUAUGAUUGCAGGAUUGGUUGGAAUGGUGCUGGGGAACCUUGCCUUUGUGACCACCAAGAAGUCUAGCCCACCAAAGAGGUGCCAAUUACCAUGGCUUAUUGGAGGAUUUCUAAUGAGUGUGACCUGGACGUAUUUUACAGCUGAGGAACUAGUAUCUUUAUUGGUUUCUUUUGGGAAUAUCUUGGGGAUAAGUCCUUCAGUUCUGGGGCUCACUGUCCUUGCUUGGGGAAAUUCACUUGGAGACUUAAUAUCUAAUUCAGCAAUGGCAAUUAAUGGUGGGGCAGAUGGAGUUCAAACUGCAAUCUCUGGGUGCUAUGCUGGGCCCAUGUUUAACACAUUGGUGGGUCUGGGGGUAUCAUUUGUUUGGUCAUCAUGGUCUCAAUACCCUUCUUCAUUUGAAAUUCCUAGGGACCCUUCUCUUUAUGAAACACUAGGAUUUCUAAUGGCAGGCUUGCUUUGGGCACUGGUAAUUUUGCCAAGAAAAAAUAUGAGAUUGGAUAGGUUCUUUGGGGGUGGUCUCUUAAUCAUUUACUUUUGCUUUCUCUUUCUCAGACUAGCCAGAGCUCUUGGUUUACUCAAACUUUAUGAGGCUUUCCCACCUCACACCCUAAAAUGGUGGUCUUCUUCAUUGUAAUUUCUGAUAGAUACAGAUAGCAGUAAACUAAUAUAUAUAUAUACACAAAUAUAUGGGAAUCAUUAUGUAUAUUAUGAAUCAAAAAUCAAUGCUGCUUUUCCAUUUCA